GCGACCGAGCUGCAGGGACGGCGUCCGGCGCGCUCACUUCCGCGUCCCGCCGCCCUCCGGUCCGCGCGCGCCCAGCCACCGCCGCCAUCGGACAAUAGGCCGCCCGCCCGGCUGCCGUGAACUUCCUGCCGGGGCCCGGCCGGCCCCUGUGCCCCGGACCCUGAUCCCUCUCCGCGCCGGCCAGGAUCGGAGCUCCGCGCCACCAGGGGAAGCAGCGGAGGACCGAGCGCCCGGGACGUUCCAGCGCCUCCCGCCGCCGCGCCUUUGCUCCGGCCCGGCGGGUAGGCGGCCUCUGCGCUCUUCGCUCUGGGCGACUUAACCCCGUCCAGCGGCUGCUGCCUUGUUGUGGGUUUCCGAGUUUGGUUGCUUAAGGAGGAUGUGAUUCCCCCCCCCCCCUUAUUUCUUUUUCCUUUUAUGAUUUGAAACAGCGAAAAGAACUCACAGCCAGCUCGUACAGCGAAGUGCCACCAGCUACCCUCCACGUGGACAUCUCCGAGAGGAAAGGGAAUUGGAAGCAAACUUGGUCCAAGUGACUUUGAGGCCUUACCCUCGGCUGGACUCUAAGGCCUGGGGUCAUGACUCUCAUGCUGGGCAGGUGGAAGGCUUUACCUGUCCUGGGCUGGACGUGAGUCUCUGCCCUUCGCCAGCACCUCCACCGGCCCACCUCCACACACUCAAUACCCAGCAUCUAGGCUAGGCCCGGACACUUGUCAGCAACAUGGAUAAGUAUGACGACCUGGGCCUGGAGGCCAGUAAAUUCAUUGAGGACCUGAACAUGUAUGAGGCCUCCAAGGAUGGACUCUUCCGAGUGGACAAGGGUGCAAGCAACAACCCGGAGUUUGAGGAAACACGCAGGGUGUUUGCCACCAAGAUGGCCAAAAUCCACCUGCACCAGCCGCACCAGCUCCUGCAGGAGGAGACCCUGCCCAGGGGCAGCCGAGGUCCCGUGAACGGUGGGGGCCGCCUGGGCCCACAGGCCCACCGGGAAGCUGAUGGGGGCAGCAAGGUGACGGGGGAUGGUGCUGCGAAGCCUCCUCUCGCUGCCUCGACAGUGGCCCCUGGGACAGCCACAACCAUUGCAGCUGGGCAGCCCUUGUCCCCACCCCAGGAACAGAGGGCCAAGCUGUGUGUCCGUGGCGCAAGGCAAGGCAGCCAGGACUGUGGAUCCAAGGAGAGCGUGGCGAGUUCUGAGAUGUCUGCUUUCCAUCGGCUGGGCCCCUGUGAGGAUCCUUCCUGCCUCACCCACGGAGACUAUUAUGACAACCUCUUUUUGGCAAGCCCCAACUGGGGCGAUGAACCAGCAGUGUCCCCCAGCAUCAGGCUGGGUGUAGGAAGUGGGUGGUCUGGCACGCCAGGGAGUGGCCUGCCACUGUCCACACCCUCCAGGGCCCAUCACCUAUACCAGCAGCAGCUUUCCCCGAGCUCCAGCAGGUCAUUGCAGAGCAGCCAGGAUGGUGGUGUUGGUGGCCACAGCAGUGAGAAGCCAGCUGCUCUUUGGACCACCGCCUCCUCCCAGCGAGUGAGCCCUGGCCUCCCUUCCCCAGGCCCAGAGAACGGGGCCCUACCGAGACCUGCUCAGCCCAGGACCCCUUCUUUCUCAGCGCCCCUGGCCCUGAACCGCUCCAGUCAGGGACCUCUUCCAAGAACAAACUCGGGGGUAGGGAGUGAGGUUUCAGGCAUGAUGCCCAAACCCACUGUGGACCCUCAACCCUGGUUCCAGGAUGGCCCCAAAUCUUACCUUUCUAGCUCUGCCCCUUCAUCCUCGCCAGCCAGCAUGGACAAUAUGCAGCUGGGUGCAGUCCCUGGGCCGGGUCCCAAGCCUGGCUGUACAGACCCUGGCGUUGGUCCCAAGCUCAGCCUUGUCCAUCCAGUGAUGUCUACCUUGCCUGAGUUAUCUUGUAAAGAAAGUCCCUCUGGCUGGUCCUCUGAUGGCAGCCUGGGGCCUGUGCUCCCAGAGAGCCCCGGUUCCCCCAGGGUGAGGCUGCCUUGCCAGACCCUCCUCCCGGGCCCUGAGCUUGGACCCACGGCUGCCGAAUUGAAGUUAGAAGCCCUCACCCAACGUCUGGAGCGUGAGAUGGAUGCUCACCCGAAGGCCGAUUACUUUGGAGCCUGUGUGAAAUGCAGCAAGGGGGUGUUUGGGGCCGGCCAGGCCUGCCAGGCCAUGGGGAACCUCUACCACGACGCGUGCUUCACCUGUGCGGCCUGCAGCCGGAAGCUGAGAGGAAAAGCCUUUUAUUUUGUCAAUGGCAAAGUGUUUUGUGAGGAAGACUUCCUGUACUCUGGUUUCCAGCAGUCUGCUGACAGGUGUUUUCUUUGUGGACAUCUGAUCAUGGACAUGAUCCUUCAGGCCCUGGGGAAGUCCUACCACCCCGGCUGCUUCCGCUGUGUCAUCUGUAAUGAGUGUUUGGACGGGGUACCCUUCACUGUGGACUCAGAGAACAAGAUCUACUGUGUCCGGGAUUACCACAAGGUGUUGGCCCCCAAGUGUGCAGCCUGUGGCCUUCCCAUCCUUCCACCUGAGGGCUCAGAUGAGACCAUCCGAGUCGUGUCCAUGGACAGAGACUACCACGUGGAGUGUUACCACUGCGAGGACUGCGGUCUGGAGCUCAAUGAUGAAGAUGGUCACCGCUGCUACCCCCUGGAGGACCACCUGUUCUGUCACUCCUGCCACAUCAAGAGGCUGGAGAAGGGUCACUCAUCCACAGCCCUUCACCAGCACCACUUCUAGCCAGAGCCUCCUGCAGAUCUCAUGGUGGGGAGGAGCCAGGGUUGCACCAUGAGGAGUCCGCGGGUUAAUUCCUGUCACCCCUGGGGACGGAUUGGGAUUGGGGGAGUGGAGGGGAGGCAGGUGCCUUUCCUUUAAACAAGGAGGGGAUCCCUGCUGGUCUGGGAUUAUGUAUUUUUUUCACUGCUGCCACACCCUCAUCAGAUUACUCAGGAAGAAACCCCAGCAAGCGCGUGGCAUGUGACAGGAGAUCUCAUUAGUGUGACUGAAUGAACCUUCCUGUCCCCUCUGGGAAGAGUUCACACUUCAGUGGGAAAGGUUUGCACUGAAGAGAGAUUUCAGCUGCCGAUAUGUUCAAUCCUUUCCCUCCCCUUUGGAAAAUACCUGCACCCAAACACCCCCUCCCAACCCCUCCCCCGCCCCACACACACCAUAAUUUAAGAUUUCCUUCCACUCCAGAGCUUCAGUUCUUCUGUAGAAUGGCUGCAAAUUUUAAUUGCGUCAUCGCAAGAGGGAUGCUCUGACGUGUGCUUUGUAUCUUAGGAAGAAUUCACUUGGUAAAGCAGAGCCAAGGUUUGAAAUAAGUGAGAUGGGGUUUUCUCCUUGUAGCCUAAUAUCAUUCUGUGUGCCCCUGGAAAUCUUCACUCCUUUAAAGGCAGCUGGCGGCCUGAUGGAGGAUUGAUCCUGUUCUAGGAAAGUGUUCUUUGGGAUGAGAACUUGGUGCAGGCGCCAGGCCUCUUUUGCCCGCCUGUUGUGCUUUUUUUCCUCUGGAGCUCUCAAGAAUCUGGGACUUCAGAGUUCCCCCUGCAAAGGCUGGUCUCGGGAUCUUUCGUGGGGAUCCUCUUAUGCCUAUUUUCGCUUCUUUAACAAUGGACUUUGGGGAAGUGUGCCCACAUACUGAGACCUGACCCCUUAUUAAUGAGGAGAGUUUUUGUGUGUAAGAUCUCAAAGCCAGCCUGGGAGAGAGUGCCUGAGCAUAAGUUAUGAUAUUCAUUUCACAGGUCCCUCUCUUGCCAAUUCAGGUAUUAUGCUUGAAGAAACCAGUAUAAGGUACACUGCUUUUGUCUGUUUUUUUUUUUUUUCUUUCUGUAAAAAUUGUUUCCCUCUACUUUCAGUCUCCCACACACAAAAAAUACCUCACAGAUAAGAGCUUCAGAUUAAGGAGGAAUUUGGCCAUCACACUGGACUCAGCCAGUGUGUGUUAGGAACCUCUGGCUUCACCCAGGUCAGACCAGUGGGUCAGGGCACUGUAAUCUUAACUAAAGUUCAGCUGGGAAUAGAUCUGAUUGAUACUGGGUGCUCCUGCCUUAUGCAUUUCAUCAUGCUGGCUCCCCGGGAUGGCAAGGGCUAAGGGGGGGCCACCUACUGGCAGGAUUUCAAGGCCACCUCUGCACUGAAGAGGCAAAAUGUGCCCUGUGUGUCACACUCCUGAGGCCAGAGGUCAGUACCCCUGGGUAUUUCAAUGAGAAGAAAGUGUGAGAAAAAGGUUGGCUGGCAUUUGGCUUCUCAGCCCACGGGGAGGGACCCUGGGCCUUUUCGCAGGAGGGCAGGGGCCAUCUCACCACUGCCAGCCAGGCUGGGAGCAUCUGCUCUCUGCCGCCUCACCUCACAUCCAGAGGGAGGGGAUUGGGUGGCUGGGGCCUCGGAGGGCGUCAGUGGAACCCAAAGGCACAGGGACUCACAGACUAUUCACUGGGCCCAGUUCUAAGCCUCUAAACCAUGCUUUGACUCCUUUGGUAGCAGUUGCCUGUAAGAAGCACAGAAAUGGCACCAUGGAUUGUCUUUUCCGUUUUUGUUAAAUUCAUUCUGCUGGAAUCCUUUGGCCAGAUGUCACUUCAGCCCAAGCUGUGUGAUUCUACUGGUUCCUUUUCACAGGCUGAGCCUCCUAAAAACCCAUGAGUGUUUAUAUGAGGGCUAAAAAUCCAGGGGGUGGGGAGGUGAACCCUGGGGUCCCCCCUCCCUUCCCAGCAUACCAUCCAGCUCAGCCUUGGCAAGGCUGGUGGGCAGAUGGAGCCAGCCAGUAUGUCUCAACCUGUCUCUGCCAACCUAGGAUUAUUUCUGGCCUUGAUGACACACCUUUGCUCCACUAUCAAGUCAAGCAGAGGAAAGAAAAUUGCCUUGGAGCCACAUCAGAAGUAGCAGGGAUUUGUUUGCAACUUGGUAACAGUUGACCCUUGAACAGCAUGGGUUUGAACUGCAUGGGUCCAUUUAUAUGUGGAUAAUUUUCAGUAGUAAAUACUGCAGUCAGUACUACACGAGAUCUGUGGUUGGUUGAAUCCACGCUGCAGAGGGACCACGGUUACGGACGGCCGACUGUAAGUUAUAUGAGGAUUAACCCUUAAGUUGUUCAAGGCAUAACUGUAGUUUAAAAAUCUGAUUCACUUUUUAAAUGAAAUGUUUUUUUUUUUUUUUUUGCGGUACGCGGGCCUCUCACCGCUGUGGCCUCUCCCGUUGCGGAGCACAGGCUCCGGACGCGCAGGCCCAGCCGCCAUGGCUCACGGGCCCAGCUGCUCCGCGGCACGCGGGAUCCUCCCGGACCGGGGCACGAACCCACGUCCCCUGCAUCGGCAGGCGGACUCCCAACCACUGCGCCACCAGGGAAGCCCCUAAAUGAAAUUUUUAAAGUGUCCUUGAUUGAGGCAAUUUUGAUAUCUCAGCAAAUAUUUUAUACUGCUGAAGAAGAACAAUAAGAGAAUUUCUAGACACCCUAGAAAUCUGAGAGGCAACUUCUCUUACUGUCAGUGUCCCUGGAGAGGGUAAUGGGUAGGAAUCUCCUACCAGUUUUGUCUCCUCCUCAGGCCCUUGCAAAAAAGCCAUGAAUAGAUGCCCACUUACCUGGUAUUUUAAACUUUCUAUAAAUUAUUAGCCAAAUAGAGCUAUAAUGGGGUUGUAUUUAUAAGCAUGUAGAAAGAACACACAAGCACUUCGUAGACCAGGAUGAAUAAGUUUGUUUUAAAAUGUAGAGCAGAUAGCCUUGAGUUCCCUAGAUGACUCGUGGACUUUAGAUAAACAAGAAUUAUGGCCUGAUUCCAGAUGCCAAAGCCAGCCUCCAGCCUUCUCCCUUGCCUCACUUUGCCCUCUAGUUUUUUCUUGUCAUUUUUCCCCCCCAGCUAGGGUCAUUCAAAAACGGCCUGAGUGAUCUGAGAAAAGCCAGGAAUGCAGUUUGGCCUGUCAUAGCAGGAUCCUCUCUCUCUGACAUUAUCCUCCCCUCUGUGGUUGAGUAGAGAGUGAUUCGUUCAUUUUUCACACAGAAGGGCAUUGAGUCCUGUUGGGUCAUUGCCUGCACGUGGCGGCAGGACUUUCCAUUUCUCCGUGGUUAGUGCUUGAGCGAAAGCCUCUUUCAGCUGAGUCCACUGAGGUUGUGCCACUGGCCGGUGGGAUUACCAAGGAGUUCUGAUUGCUUUCAAGUGCUGCCAUCACCUUGUUUCCGUGGACUUGAGUUACCCAAGAUGAAAAACAGAAAUGUUAGAAUUUGAGAGAAUGAUCUGGAAUUCAUACUCCUUUGCAGGCUGUUUUUGUGUGCCGUUUCCCACGUGUGUGAAAGUAUGAGAGCUAUGAUGGCUGCUAGUGCCCUUGCAAAGAAUGUGUGCAAGACUUGACCCCAAACCAUUGUUGCUUGAUGCACUUGUUAAAACUGUCGAGCAGGAAACCAAGUGCUUUGUAUUCUCCUUUGUGCCAGGAAUGAGUCCUAAUUUCCCAGUUACUAUUGGAGGUAACUUUUAAAAGCAGUAGGAAAAAGAUGAGGAAGAUGUGUUAGCUAUCAAUUGUUCUGAGCCAGAACUGGACAGAUAUGGGAAACUUCUAUAUAGUGUAUGAAAAUUUCACUCUGCAGGGAAAUUAUUUUCCCCUGUGUCUCUUCUUUUACUUUAAUUGAUUCAAAAUAUUGUUCCUGUAAAAUUAUUCAAAAUUUUACUGUUACUAUAAAAUUAUUCAGAAUAUUGUUACCAUAAAAUUAUUCAAAAUAUUGUUAACUAUAAAAUUAUUCAAAAAUUUACUGUUACUAUAAAAUUAUUCCAAAUAUCAUGACAAUAAAACUGCCUUAAUUUGUAGACUAUUAAAGUGAUCUCCAACAUAA